UCAAAACUAUGGGUACGAUGCUGUAGGUACUAUAAAAGCAGCGGGGGUUAUCGCGUUUAACUUCAGUCAGACUUUCGUGGUUGUCGAGUUACAUUAUUGUUUAGAAAUUUUCUUUUUACCAUGAACAAGGUUGUGAUUAUCGCUGUUAUUGCCUUUGUGGCUCUACAGGCUGUUUCUGCUAAACCGAAAGGAAAGGCCCCAGCAGAACAAUCACAAAUCGACGAGCUUGCCUCUAACGCCCGCCAGGUAGUACAAAACGUCAGCGCUGUCAUUGAAGGAAACUUACCUGACUCGAAACAAGUAUCCGAAACUAUUAGCCAAACUGCUCAACAACUAGCUGAUAGAGUAAAGGGAAUUGUCGAUGAUCUUACCAAGCAGGCUCAAGACCACAAAGGAGACAUCGAACAAGUAGUAAAUCAAAUUAAAGACAACCUCUCCUCUACCGCCAGCAAACUACAAACAGCUGUUGGACCCGAUGCCGUUAAAAAAGCCAAAGAAGUCAAGGCCAAUCUAGAUGAAGGUUUAAACAAGGCUAUUGCAGAAGCUGAGAAGCUUGCUAAAGCUGCUGAACCUGAAGCUAACAAAGUUAAAGAUGACUUAACCAAAGCUGCCAAGACCCUGUUGGACCAAGUAGUCGAAUUAAGCAACAACUUAAAGAACGAAUUGAACAAAAACAUAGCUGUCAAAAACUAAAAUUACCUUUAUUAUACAUCCUUUGGGUAUUAUUACAUUAUAAAUAAAUAUUUUGUCUCAAAUUAUUUUAAGUAAAAAAUUUGAUGAAUAAAUUUAUAUAUUUUUGUCAAA